AUGCACUGUGUUACACAAUGCGAGAGCGUCCAGCCGAUGCUGGAGAGUCUCGGGGGUCAGCGGGGGGCUCUGAAGCCCCGGCUGGAGGGUUUUGAGCAGGACGUGAGCCAGCUGAAGGAGUGGGCCUCUGGGCUGACUGAGAAACGAGUUCAGCUUCAGAGCAGCCUGACCGCACUGAGAGGCGCCGUGGGGCAGAUUGAAGAGCGCACCUCAGCGAUCACAAAAGACUUUUCCAACAAGGUGGCAUCAGUGAGGACAGACGUGCGCAGGAUGGGCGGCCUGCAGUCUGAGCUGGAGUCUCUGCUGACUCAGGUGGGGGAGCUGGAGGACAAGACCACUCAGGUCGAGCACAGCAUGGUCAAACGCAUCGCAGACGUGCUGGCCAGCAGCAUCGACCGAGUGACAGACCUCCGCGCUGCGUCCGAACGCAACAGUCAGGCCAUAGAGAAGCUCCGCAGACGCGUCCCUGAACUCACCACCGCUGACAAACAGAUCUCUGAGCGCUUGAGGGAGCUGGAGAGCGGCAGAGCUCGUCUGAUAAGAACAGUGACCUUCGCUGGUGACCUUAAACCAAAAGUGUCUGCCAUUAAGAGGGACUUUAGUGCGUUUGAGCCUCAGCUGUCAGACCUGAUUGUGCGGAUAGGAAGACUGGCAGAUGAUCUUACUAAGAGAGAGCAGGAGAUUGCCGAGCUUAGACAGACACUGGCCAACCUCACUGCAGUAGAGGGAGAUUUAAGUGUUACGACUAAACAGGUUAAUGAAAUAGCUGAUAUAUCUGAUAUUGGAGACGUGCACAGACCAACAUGA